AGGCCAAGGCCCGGCUCGUUGCCACCAUCAUCACUGGCUCCCCGGCCCCAAAAGUCCAGUAAGUCGGCCGCCCUCCUUUCCAAACUACUAAAAUGUAUUGGAAAUCACCGUCACGUUCCAAAGCAACAAGACAAACAUCAUAGCGGCCUCCCCCAUCUAGUUUCAGAGAGGGAGAGAGAGAGAUAUAUGGAUGAUCAGCACGAGCCCCUUAUGGAUCAUGAGAACCAAGGGAAUUUUAUUGGCUUCCUUGAAUUUGAGGAGGACAUAGAACCCAUAAGGAGCUUCGGUGAUUUCAGCAGAGAAUUCUAUAUCGAAUCCAAGAAGUUAUGGUGUUUGGCUGCUCCUGCCGUAUUUACAUCGAUAGCUCAAUACUCACUCGGUUCCAUCACCCAGUCAUUUGUUGGCCAUGUUGGUACGCUCGAGCUUGCUGCUGUCUCCGUGGAGGGUUCUGUCAUCGCUGGCUUGUCCUUUGGUCUUCUGUUAGGCAUGGGGAGUGCACUGGAGACACUAUGUGGCCAAGCCUAUGGAGCAGGGCGACUUGACAUGAUGGGCAUAUACAUGCAAAGUGCAUGGGUCAUACUCAUCACAACCGCCCUUGUCCUUUCCCUAAUUUACAUCUUUGCCACUCCAUUCCUUGUUCUCAUUGGACAAAACAACAAUAUAGCUCAUGAAGCUGGAACCUUUGCUCUAUACAUGAUCCCCCAACUCUUUGCAUUUGCAUUGAAUUUUCCCCUGGUCAAGUUCUUACAAGCACAGAGCAAGAUGAUGGCCAUGGGUAUUAUAUCAGUGGCUGCUCUAUUGUUGCACACAUUAUUUAGCUGGUUGUUCAUAAUGAAACUAUGCUGGGGCUUAGUUGGAGCUGCUUUGGUGCUCAAUGGCUCAUGGUGGUUCAUAGUGUUGGCUCAGUUGGCUUAUAUUUUUAGUGGGGUGUGUGGGAGGGCAUGGAAUGGAUUUUCAUGGAAGGCCUUUCAGAAUGUCUGGGGCUUCGUUCGGCUCUCUCUCGCAUCUGCUGUCAUGUUAUGUUUGGAGGUAUGGUAUUUCAUGGUGUUGGUUCUUUUUGCUGGAUAUUUGAAGAACCCCGAAGUUUCUGUUGAUGGUGUAACUAUAUGCAUGAAUAUUUUUGUUUGGGCAAUCAUGAUGGCCAUGGGAUUCAAUGCUGCUACCAGUGUGAGGGUGUCUAACGAGUUAGGAGCUCGGCAUCCACAGACCGCGAAGUUUUCUGUUGUGGUAGUGGUGAUAACAUCUUUCAUGAUGGGAGUAUUUUUGGCUCUUCUUCUCUUUGCAACAAGGAAUAUAUGGCCAAAAGCAUUCACAAACAGUGAUCAGGUUGAGAAGCUUAUCCAUGGGCUGACCCCUCUCCUUUGUGUAUCCAUUGUUGUAAACAAUGUGCAACCUGUGCUCUCAGAUAGUCAAAGAAGCAUCAUUGCUGUCCAUUUAGAAUUGAAUGUGAUAAAGAAGUUGGGGAACCUACCAGAACUUGAUAUCUCAAGGGGUAGCAAUUGGAGCGGGAUGGCAAGCCUUGGUCGCCUAUGUAAACAUUGGAUGCUAUUACAUUUUUGGCAUUCCUCUAGGUCUCAUUUUGGGAUACAAGCUCAACUUUGGUGUCCCAGGAAUUUGGAUUGGGAUGCUUGGUGGGAUUGUCCUACAAACACUAAUUCUUGGCUGGAUGACUUACAAAACAAAUUGGAAUCAAGAGGCAUCAAAUGCUGGGGACCGGGUAAAGCAGUGGGGCGGAGGGGGAAAAGACUAGAAAUGUACGAAAAUAAGGGUCUGUUUGACUCCUUGAAAAAUCCAAAAAGAGAGCAGUAUCUAAGGGUUUGUAGGGGAGAGAGAGAGAGAAAGAGAGAGCAGGGUUUAUAGGAGGCAGAUGAUUAGGGUGAAAAAGAUUUAUUUUCAGAUAAUAAAUUUUAUGUAUAUAUAGUUUGAAGAUCUUUUUUCCAAAAAAAUGCGAUAAAAUGGGGAAUUUUUAUUUUUAAAGAAUAAA